AUGGAGUCAGUGGUUUGGGGAAAAGCAGAGAUGGUGCCGUGGGGAGGUCCACUGUGUUGUCCACUGCACUCUGAUGAAGAGGCUCUUCUCACAGAGCUGCUCGUCUUCAUCACUCUCUGCUCCUGUUGCACCAUGGCCUCUUUCCUGUGGGGCUGCGUCACAGACUUCUUCACCUAUGAGACCACCAAGUCUGUAGUGGUCAAGCGUCUGUCUGUGGGAAUUGUCAACCGGAUUGUCCAAGUGCUCAUCAUCGCCUAUUUUGUCUGCUACGUCUUCCUACAUGAGAAAGCUUACCAGACGACAGACACAGGCAUCGAGUCGUCGGUUAUGACCAAAGUCAAAGGGUUUGGGAGACAUUACGGUCGCAUUAUGGACGUGGCGGAUUAUGUGUUUCCACAAGAGGUCACGCAGGCUCAGAUCGAGGCGUCUUUGGCCCAGAGUCCAGGCAGCCAACUAUCGCUCAAACGUGGGAUCAAGAGCUCACUGGACUCUGGGAUGCCCUCUCUCUCCAUCUCAGACCAACAUGUGUGA